UGGGGGUCAUGGAAGUAGAGAGUGUGAAAGAGAUCUCAAGCUGGGGAAAAGGAUCAUAAAAUGUGUGACAUGAACAAAAGGAGCUCAAGGGGAGGGGCGAGGGCAGUAAGGAAAGAGGAUAAAUAAGCACAAAGUAUGAAUGAAAACCCAUAAUGAAAACCCAUAAUUAGCAGCUGCUGCUUUUCCGAGCUAUCUUCCGGCCAUCGACCCAGACUAGCCAUGGCCUCGGCCUCUGUGGCAGCGGCACGAAGGGCUGGCAGCCGGGCCGCCCCGCUUCUGCGGCGCGGCUACCAGACGGAGAAGGGCGUUUACGGCUACCGGCCGAGGAAGGCAGAGAGCCGCGAACCUCACGGCGGCCCGGGGCGCACGUCAGUUGAUCAUGGCCUUGCCAGGUUGGUGACAGUAUACUGUGAACAUGGCCAUAAAGCUGCCCAAAUCAACCCCCUCUUUCCUGGACAAGCCCUGCUGGACACUGUGCCUGAAAUCCAAGCCCUUGUGCAGACUCUGCAGGGUCCCUUCACUACCACAGGAUUAUUGAACAUGGGCAAGGAAGAGGCCUCUCUUGAGGAAGUAUUAACCUAUUUGAACCAUAUCUAUUGUGGGCCAAUUUCUAUUGAAACUGUCCAACUUCAGAGCCAGGAGGAGAAAGACUGGUUUGCCAGACGUUUUGUGGAACUGAAAAAGGAGACAUUUUCUACAGAAGAACGAAAACAUCUGUCAAAAUUAUUGCUAGAAUCUCAGGAGUUUGACCACUUUUUGGCCACCAAGUUCACCACAGUGAAGAGAUAUGGAGGUGAAGGGGCCGAAAGCAUAAUGGGCUUCUUUCACGAGUUACUGAAGAUGUCAGCCUGCAGCGGCAUAACUGAUGUCAUUAUUGGGAUGCCUCAUAGAGGGAGGCUGAAUUUAUUGACAGGCCUUCUGCAGUUACCUCCCGAGGUAAGGGUCCUUUCUAUAUUUCUUGCCAGCACUGUACAAUGGGCUGUAGCAGGAUAA